AUGAACGCGCGCACAAGGGCAAAGUCGCCCAUCCAGCACCCGCCCGUCUCGUCCCACCCCCUGAUCGGCGAGAAAAUCCUCACCUCUCGGUGGUCAGAUGAAGAUGGCAACCACGGCCAGCGCUCCAUCCUCUCCUCCACCCUCGCACGUAAACCCAACCAAAAGUCCAACCUCAGCCUCAGGUCGGCUGCCAGCAGGGCAGACGUCCCUGCCACACGUCCCGCCGCCGCCCGCACACCCCGCCCAAUCCCUGCACCUGAUCCGAUCAUUACUAUUUCCGCCGCGUCAAACUCAAACAUCGACGCCGACUCCCUUGACCACCACACACGCCUGUCGCCCACCUCCCCCGCCCACCGCGCUGCCCCGUCCACCACAGGCGAGAGCUCCACCGGUCUCGUUGACGACAACGAUCUCGAGUACGUCAACGUCGAGCACCCCGGCCCAGAGUCCACGGCCGUCAUCCGCCGCCCGGAUAAAGCGGCACGCAUCCUGGGCAUCCGCCAUCGCAAGGAGAUGGAGCCCAUCCCUGCCUCCAACAGAACCUCCCUCGCGUCGGCGCGUUCUGCGCGUUCUGCGCCGCCGACGACCGUCUCGGCGCCUCCACCCGCGACGGGCCCGACGCUCCCGCUGGCAUCCCUCUACGUGGUGUCGGGCCUUCCCAAGAGUCCUCACACGUGGACUCUCGCGGACCCCGAUUCGGUCAUGGGUCUGCACCACACAGACGGCGCGGUAGGGAGAUGGUGGAGGCCCGAGGUGCUAGGUAGCACCGUAAGCCCAGGUGCCGGCGGCGGCGGUAAGCGCAAGAAGAAGGGCAAGGCAGACGAAGGCUCCACAGUGUUCAGCAGCUCGGGCCAUCUGAGCAAGCAGGACGUGGGCAAGAUGCUGUCCAAGGCCCUCAAGCUGUCCUUUCCCCGCGAAGUGGAGAUCAUCGCGUCUACCCUUCAACCCGCGUCGACGGUGCACACGUUCACGUUCACGCUCCCUGCGCCUGCUACCCCACUCGCGCCCUCUCCUUCUACCGAUGUGCUCCGCGCCUCGGUCCUCACCGGCAACACCGAGCGGUCGUCCAUCAUGUCCGUCCCGUACGAGGACCCCUUUGCCCGCGCGCGGCCGUCUUCCGCGUACCUCGGUGCGCCUGUCCUCUCCCCGCCCUCCAGCAGCAGCGGCCCCGACCUAGCGGGCUCCGUCAAGACAAGCUCCAACAGCCAGAUCACGUACCACGGCGUCUGCCUCACCGUGUGGUCGCACGCCGACCCCGAGCGCACGGGCGCGAUCCGCCGCACACUCGAGGCGGGCCGCCCGCGCAAGGAGAGCGCGCAGAGCAGCCUCGUCACGGCGCGCAUGCGCGGGCGCUCGCACACCAGCGACAAUACAGAUCCCGCCGCACAGGCGCGCCGGCGCACGCGGAUGAGCGCGCGCGGGCCGUGGGGCGCAGGCGCGGGCACGGGCACGGAUGUCGAGACGGACGCGGACCCGGAGACGGACGGCGAGGGCGGCGCGGUGAGCGAGAGCGACUAUGACGUCGCGAGCACCAUCGGGCACGGCCCCGGCGAGAGCACGCUGUUCCUCCCGGGCGACACCGUGUUCUGGCUGCCGUAUGCGCUGACCCUCGUAUCGCGAUACCCGAUCUACGAUCUGAUGCGGGACUACCUGACGCUCUCGUGGGCGCGGUUCUCCAAGGACGUGCAGAGCCACACGCUGCAGAUCAGCAAGAUCCUCUCGCACCCCGCGCCGCGGCCGGGAGAGCUCGUGCGCCUCGACGCGUCGUCCGCGCCCCCGUCGCACGCCGGGGCCGGCCUCGAGACGAGCCUGGAGGUCGUCGCGCGCUUCCCGGGCGGGCUCGACUUUGGGCGCGGGCUGGUCGACGUGAACUUCACGAUGUGGCCGCUGUUCAAGUGCCUGAACAUCGAUAACAUUCUUACCAUUUGCGAGAUCGCCCUCGCGCCGACCGGGAGGAUCCUCCUGUUCUCGCGGCAUCCGGCGAUGUUGGGCAUCGCUGUGCACACGAUCAAGUACCUGGUCGAACUGCGCGGGUGGAAUGGCGUCGCGCUCGCGACGGUCCAUUCGCGGGACGCCAAGAUCUACAUUGACGAUCCUGGCCCGUGGAUCAUGGGUCUCGCCACCGAGGCGAGGUAUUGCGUCCGCCCGCCGCCUGAGGUGUGCAUUGUCGACUUGGACAUCAACUAUCUGAGCUGCCCGGCUCCUCCUCCCGGCGUCGUCUCGAGCAAGCAGCAACGUGAUAAAUAUCGUCAGAAGCUGCUGACGGCGUUCGAGCCCCACUAUCAUCCUGACCACUGCGUCCCUAGUGAGUUCAAGGAGGCGUUCCCCGCUGGACGUUUCAGACCCGUGUGCAAGAUCCAGGCGAAGAGAGGCGUGGCGUCGACUGCCGUUGCGGACAUGGUGAAGCCGCCGGAGUGGUGGCAUUCCACCCGCAUCAUCCAGGCCUUUGACAGUGUUCUGGCGGAAAAGAUGAAGAAGCCCUCGUUGCUCAAGCGAAUCAGCUCCUUCGGGUCUGUCCGCCCGCUCCCGAGGCUCACUGUGGCCGAACAGCACAUCCAGCUGUCUAUCCGCAAGCGUGCGACUGCAUUUGUCGAUGCGCGCGACGAUCUGGAGACGAAGAUCGGUCGCCUGUCUCGCCGCCUCAACUUCUUGAUGACCGAGUCGGACUUAUGGCGCGACAAAUUCGUGACCUUUGAGCAGUACGCCGAGAAGCUCAGCGUGGAGGCGAGCGACUUGCGCUCGAAGAUCAACAAGGAGCAGAAGGAGACGAAGCGGCUGUCGAGCAUGAUCACCAUGACGGCCGCCGAGAAGGCUAAGCUGCAGAACCAGCUGAAGGACACGGAGGAUGCGCACAAGACGGCCCUGUCCGAGCUCGAGCAGAUGCGGGAGACAAUGGAGCGGAUGGAGGAAGAGCGGGCGGACAUGAUCGCAGAGGUCGAGGUGCAGAUCGAGCGCGCCCUCGCGAACAUGGCCGUCGACGUGGAAGACUCCGACUAUGGCUCGCGGCCCAGCAGCCGCAUGUCCUCCCGCUCCGCGCCGACCACGUAUCGCCGCCCCAGCUCCCGGGGACUCCGGUCUUUCAGUACGGAAUCGACGUUGGCGGAGUCGUACGAGGGCGAGGGCCGCGAGGCACGCCAGCAUUUGGCUACCGGGACUGUGCCGGAAGAGGAGGAAGAGGAGGAGGAGCUCAAGUCCAAGAAGAAGCGCUUCUCGGCGAGCUUCGGCGACUUGCCUCAGGACGGGAUGACAGCCAUGGACGAGGGCAUCAGCCAGAAGAGCGACAAGAUCACUCAGAAGGUCCUCGCGAUCCAGCGCAAGGUAUGUCCGGGGUUUGACAUGCUUCUCGUGCAUUAUUGA